AUGGGGAUCAAGCGCAGCAGCAAGUCCACCGAGUGGUCUCUGACAGGCGUCGCUUACCUCAUAAGCCACUACAAUGUAUGGGGCACCGGCGACGGCGACAUGACACAUUCCUGGUUCGGUGGCGGAGACAACUGGGGCAGCAAGGCCAUGUCCACUGGAUGGCCCAACUUUCUCGCAGCUGAUCCAGGUACCUGGGCUUCCUCGUCGGCGGGUGGCGGAUACCUACAGACCGGCAAUCUCAUGAGCUCCCCUUCGACCUUUUGGUUCUCCCUGGUGGCGGAAGUUCUCUCCGCCUUAUCUUUGUCAGAGGCUGUUAACGACGAGAACACCACCACCACAAAGGCGACCGUGAAGGGGGUGAUGGUGUCUGCAGCCACGAUCAUCUGGAAGUUGCUACAGCGCUAUGCCGUGAUUCCUUCGCUUUGGGACCUGAUGGUUUCAGCAGGGACCGUGCUCAAGACCUUUGGAGAUAUUGGGCUCAAGAACUUGGCAAUCACACCGUUCCGCAACGAGCACGAUGUGGUCCUCAGUUUCAAGAUGGCGACGCAGUGGACCCGAAGAGAGCUUGAUCUGAAGAGCUUGAUUGGCGAUCUCAGCUUGGAUCAGAUGAGGGUCAUCUUCCAGACGUUGGAAGACGCCGGAGUGCCUGUCAAGAAGGCUUGGGGCGAUUACCAGAACACCUCCUUGGGCUCCGCACAGGAUGUUCACAACUUGAAUCGGGAGACGCUGAUUACCCUGACCAAGACCUACAUGAGGACAGGAGCUCCGGAUGGCAAACCAGUCUCCUUCCUCACGGCUGAUCAGGUGUCUCAUCGCCUCUUGCGGAACCUCUUCGCGCGUUGCAGCGGCCGGCCCAUCUGGUAUAAGGUGCAAUCCCAUGCCCGUGUGCCUAUCUAUACAUUCUGGCGUCCGGACAGCUCCGCGUGGAUCAGCCCAGCCUUGCCUGCAGGCACUGAGCUCAUGCUGUCGCAGUGGGACGAUGAUUGGCUGCGGGUCAUCGCUGCAGAAGAGGAGGAGGAUCGGUACAUUCCUUCAAGGUACAUUCGAACUGCAGCGCUGCAGAAUGUCGGUGAUGUGAUCCAGACUGCGUUGCAGACGUCGAUGGCGAAUUCCAAAAAGCUGCGCCCGGAUCAAGUGGAGAACAUCCUGCGGAAAGCAUCGUCUGACACACUCCGAUGUUGGGCCGCCUACAUCAAAUCCGCGAAGCCUGCCCUCAUGCAUGAGGUCAUCAGAGAAGCCUGGAGGACCGAGAAUGAGCGUGCUGCUUAUGCCGAUACCUCCCGGCAGAACAACGUCCUGGGUAGCUUGGAAGGUCAGGUCUACGGGCAGGAACUUGCCAGAUAG